AUGGAGUUGGAGUGGAAGCCCUUGGCGCUGCUUCUGCUCUUCUGGGCCUUGGAGGGCGGCAACGUGUGGCUCUGCCUGCGGUGGCCAGACUUCGCCUAUGGCGCGCUGGCGCUCUAUGUGGGCACCUGUCUGCUCUGCAUCUUCGCCUCUUUCGGCCUGGGGGUGCCCACCAUCCCCAGGUCCCGGAAGCCCUGGAUGCAGGCCCUCUGGUACCUCGCGCUCGCCGGCGCGCUUCCGGCGGCCUUGGCCUUUGCGCUGCUCGACUACCGCGACGGGGAGAUGGAGGAGCCGGUGGCGGACUUCUUUGAGAAUGUCGCCUUGUGCCUGACCGCAAUGACGCUGCUCUUGCUCUGGGUCGGCGCGGCGGACUUCGUGGGCACCUUGGGGCUGCAGCCCUUGGCGGAGGCGGGGGCCAAGAGCUGGGCGCCCCCGGCGUUUCUGCUGGCCUCCAUCCUGUGGAUCGUGGUGGUCUACAACCUCACCCACGUCAUCGGCUCCGUGGAGGCCUCCGUGGCGCAGGACCUCCCAUCCCCGUAUGGCCUGGGGGUCUACGUGGCGGCGGUGGCUUUGUGGCUGGCCUCCUUCGCCCGGGUGCUGAUCACCAGGCCCGGGCAGCCGAAGGACUUCCAGGACUCCCUGCAGCACCGGGGCGGCGGGAUGUGCCUCUACUGCCAGGCCCAGAAGCCCCAGCGCUGCCGGCACUGCACCAAGUGCGGGGCCUGCGUGCUGCGCAUGGACCACCACUGCCCCUGGCUCCGGCAAUGCAUCGGCUACGGGAACUACAAGUACUUUGUGAUGUUCAUCUUCUACUCGGCGGUGGCUCUGGGCUUCAAGGCCGUCACCAUGAUGAUCUUCAUCCUCAAGGCCUUUCAGACGGAGAUCACCUUCUGCACCCGCCUCUGGCUGGUCUCCUGCGAGGCGCUGGUUCUGGCGCUGGGCGUCACCAUGAUAGCCUUCGCCUCCUUCCACCUGUUGCUGGUGGCAAAGGGCAUGACCACCAUCGAGUUCCUCACGAGGCGCCGGCAGGAAUGGGAUGUGCCGCGCUUCGAUAUCAACCUGGACCUUCCGCCGGAGCUGCGGUACAAGGAGGUCUCGGAGCAUUAUGCCGAGGAGAUCCUUGCGUUCCGAGGGACCUUGAAUAACAAGUUCACCAACGAGGAGCAGGCGCAGUGGCUCCAGGUGGGGGCAGCCCACGGCGAGGAGUUUCUAGGAGAGCUCCGUGGGGUUGCGCAGGCGGUGAACAUGACCAACGACAUGAACCUGUUCGUACUCUUCAACAUGCUCUACGAGCUGGAGUCCCCCACGAUGUGCUCCGGCUUCCUUGCCGCGGACGCCACUGGCAAGGUGGUUCAUGGCCGGAACAUGGACUACCAGUUCUUCUUCACCAUGCCGGAUGGAUCGAAGAAGGACUGGCCCGACGUCACCUACGAGGGCAUCUAUUGGAAGGGCGGCCAGAGGAUCUUUACCACCAUCAACUGGCCACUUUGGAUGGGCGCCCACACAGCCAUGCGCUAUGACGGCUGGACCUUCGAGCAGAACACGCGGCUCCUGAAGAACGAGCACCACCUCAACCUGCAGUCGGCCCAGAACGGCGGCCGGAAGUUCGGCUGGGUGGCUCGCAAGGCGCUGGAGACCAUCCCAGACUUUCGCACGGCGCUGCGCUUGUUCAACGGCACGAAGUUCAUGGCGCCGCAGUACUUCAUUAUGGCCGGCGCGGGGGACCAUGAAGGCGCCAUCAUCAGCAUGGACCGGAACGGUGCACAAAUCGACGCAGACACCCCGCCGGUGCGGAGUUUGUCUCGCGAAGGUAACUGGUUUCUCCUCCAGACCAACGACGACGCCAACAAAAAGGCCCUGGACAUCCGGCGCCCGCAGGUCAUGGAGCGCCUGAGCCAGCGCAGCCCGGAGGAGGUCUCGGUGAACUUCGCCUGGGACGUGGUGCAUAAGUUUCCGCUGUAUAACAAAUUCACCGCCUUCACAUGGGUCGGAGUGCCCAGCACCAACUACUCGCAGGUGGUGGUGCGUGGCCAAGACCCCGUGCUGGAGGAGGCCAACUCUGUUCUGCUCAUGGACUCGCCGGACGAAGUGCAGCUGGCGCAACGCUUCCGACGGAAAGGCUCCCUGCGCUACCGCGGCCGCCGGGGGCUGAAGCUGGCCUCAUGA